UAUUAUUGGUGCCAAAGAUACAGAAAAUAACUUUUUAAGCCAAAAAAGUUAAAAUUCGAACAUUUGUUACCUAAAAUAUAUUACUAUUAAAUCUGUUUUUGGAAACCUAAGCAUAAGUUUUUACUGGAUACUAUUUAAUUUAAGAAUAGACCAGGUGGGUAUGGAUGCAUUAUCUAGCAAAAAUACACCUUUCAUAACAAUGAAAAUUAAGGUAGAAAAUAUUGCAUCAUAUGAUAACAUACUUUUAACAACUGAAGCAAGAGACAACUACAGUAUUCUGGAAUGUCCCCUCCCUCCUCUCCCCCCCCCCCUCCUCAGUUUUUGCCAGUGAUCACACAGAGGAGAGGAAAUUUACCCAUGUGUGGGGGACGAGCACAAGGCCUAUGUACCACUUAAGUCCACAAAAUAGGGCUUCUGUGGGAUAAAAGUGGUGAACAAACCUUGUCCUGGCCCUCUGUGCAGAAGUGAAUGUCAUUCCAAGGUGAACACGUGGUUUCUUGUCUUCCCCCUCCCCGCCCUCCCUGAAGACUAUUGGAGGACUGCUCCUUUUUAAAAAAAAAACACUACCAUAUAUGACUACAUUCAUUGUUUUGUAAUAAAGUCAAUGAUAGGAUGUAAUGUUAAGGAGGCAACACAGCAUGAGCCUGGAUUAAUACAAAUGUUUUAAACCAUCUAACUGAAAGCUCUCAUUGCAUAUGAUGAUACUGGAUUUUGCAACUUCCUAAAACCAGAUAAUUUACAUCUAUACAGCAUGUUCAAGUAGAAUGAAUUCAACUGAACAAGAACAUUCCUGCAAUAGAAGUUCCAUUAUGUUUAUUUAAAUUGAUUAUAUUGAAACUUGCAUUUUGAAAGUGUUAUUAAAAAGUCAUCCUUUGAUUCUCAGGAUUCAGAGUAAAGCUCCAACGGACUAAAAAAUGAGUGAAAAUUGUUUUUCUUCAGUUGUGUUCUGAAACAUUACAAGCAUUUUCAUUCUAUGGGUCAUUCUAUAUAUUAAAAUACGAGUUUUUGAACUUUAAUGUUGUCUCCUGAAUUUCUCUCUGAAAAAUAGCAUUUUAUCUAUGAAAUGGUACAAAUUGCAAUGUUAUGCCUAUACAGUUAAUAGUCAUAUGUUUGAAGAAACACUGUGCUACAGAUAGAAACGGAAUUCAGUUCCAUUAGGACAACAUUGUAAAAUUACUAAGAGUAUAGUUGUAGUCUGAAAAGUUAUUUGUCUUGGUAUUCAGGAGGAAUAAAGAAUGUUUGAUUUUUAAUUAAAGAAAAAAAUUAAGGAAUUGUUUAAUAUAAAUAUUGUUCAAAUAAUAUUGAAACAAAAGAAAUGUAGGGAAUCAGCUUCUUUGUAAUAGCUUGUUUUAUGGUAACUAAUACAUCAGUAUUUUUCCCUCUGCUUUUACAAGAGGAGAGGAGUAAAAAUUUUCUAAACCUGCUAGAAGGUUCCUUUGCAGAAGGUUCCCUCCUGCCCUCUAAUACCUUGAAAAGCCCUUCACAACAGCUCCAUGUAGUUAGAGUAGGAAAGGUAGAACUAGUGAGCACCCACGACAGACAGACCAGAAGUAGAAUUGCUUGUGCUGAGAGCCUAGAGACCAGUUGACUUUAAAAAGAAGCACAUGCAGCUGGGCCUUGAUACUAGAAUUAGGAGCUAGUUUAUGGUCCUACUGUAAUUUAAAAUUACUCCCAAAUUAAAUACAUCUGUUAAUACCACAAUAUGAUGCUAUUAUAGAGGGGAAAAUGUAACCAAGUGUUCAUGUCAGCUGCAACAAAACAAAUCCAUUACUUUAAAAAUGGAAAAGGAUACAUUUAAGACAUUUUUAUUCCUCUUAAAUUGUUAACACUUUUAUCAAUAGUUUUUUAAAUUGUCUGAUUUUGUGUUGAAUCUAUAUUGAUACUUUAAAUUGUUAAUAUUUCAGGGGUAGGGGUAGGUGAAGUAAUUUCUUUCCUUGGUUAACAUAAAAUUAAGUUACUUUUAGUUAUAUCUUUAAUGUCUACUGUAAAUACAAAAUAAAACAAAACAUUUUUCAUUACAGUGAACUCCUACUCCAUGAGUUUAAAAUAUCACAACAUUUAACUUUUGUUAUCAGAUGUUUGUUUUCUUUUAGAGUUAGUAUUGUAUGCUGAGACACUUGAUCCUUCUCAGUCCAGUGAGCCCCAAGAUGGAUGAAACGUACUGUAUGUCACCCAAUUAUUGCUAUUUCAGCCUCAGGAGUGUAUUUUCAAAGCAGCACAAGGAUGGUGUUAUUUUCGACAGCUAGGGAAGAACAAGGGCACGACUGGUAUGAUGGAUGAAGCUGUAGAGGUAUCAGCUGAUGGGAACUCCCUUAUAAAAGCUGUUUAUCAAAGCAGACUUCGCCUCACAAGACUGUUGUUAGAAGGUGGAGCAUACAUUAAUGAGAGUAACGACCGAGGUGUAACACCUUUAAUGAUUGCUUGUAAGACACAGCAUGUGGACCAGCAGAGUGUUAGCAAAGCAAAAAUGGUUAAAUAUCUGCUGGAAAAUAAGGCAGAUCCAAAUAUACAGGACAAAUCUGGAAAGACAGCCUUGAUGCACGCUUGCUUGGAAAAGGCUGGCCCUGAAGUGGUUUCUUUGUUGCUGAAAAAUGGAGCUGACCUAAGUCUGCAAGACCAUUCUGGUUACUCUGCACUUGUUUAUGCAGUAAACUCUGAAGACCGAGAGACCCUGAAAGUUCUCCUAAAUGCUUGUAAAGCAAGAGGAAAAGAAGUAAUCAUCAUUACAACAGACAAGUCUCCAUCUGGAAAACAGACAACUAAACAGUACUUAAAUGUGCCUCCUAAUGACAUUGAGGAAUGCCAUUCUCCAACUGCCUGCACUUCCCCAUCAGAAAUAGAACUUAAAACAUCUCCACUUUCAAAUUCACGUGAAACAGAAAAACCUCUUUUUAGCUUUAAAGAUCCAGAUCAGCCUGGAAGCAUGGAAAAUAUAUCUGAGCCAGUCUCUCCUACUAGAAAACCAAAUUUAACACAUGUAGGACCCAAGCUGGCACAAGUACAGCGUCUGCAUUCUGAGUCUUGGAUAAAAAGCUCUCUGUUCCAUCAGAAUAAAAUUUCCUCUUUACAAGAAGAACUUCAGGAUAUAACUCCAGAGGAAGAACUGUCUCUGAAAGUCAAUGGUCUAGCCUUAUCCAAGAGAUAUAUUACUAGACACCAAAGCAUUGAUGUAAAAGACACUGCUCAUUUGUUGAAAAUCUUUGAUGAAACUGGCUCAAGAAAGUUGUCAUAUGAGGAGAUAAAUUCUCAGUCACUUUAUGCUGAGGGAAACCAUAGUCAGAGUGAAAUUCCUGUGGAUCAGGAUUCAGAUUCAGUGCAAAUGAGAUUUGUUUCAACCCUGAGAAGUAUUAUUCAAAAAAGAAGUUUAGGGGCAAAUCACUACAGCUCUGAUUCUCAGCUAACUACUAGUCUGAGUCCUGCUACCACAGAAGAUAGCAAAUCACUUCUAGGAAAGAAAAAGGUUCUCUCUCCUUCUCCCUCUUUGUUAUCAAGUUCCAGAGAAUUGCUAGAGAACAUGCCUCCUGGUCCACUGAACAGGAGAAACCAUGCUGUUUUAGAGAGACGAGGGUCAGGAGCCCUCUCUUUAGAUCACAUUGCCCAAACUAGGCCAGGUUUCCUUCCACCUUUAAAUGUGAAUCCUCAUCCUCCAAUUCCAGAUAUUAGUUUUAGUAACAAGAUUUCUGGAAUUGUUUCUUUUGGACAAAAAACCCUAAUUCCAACAGCACCUGCUUUUCCCAAGGAGUUCAAAAGUAACAAAAUGUUGGUAAGGAGGCAGUCAUUACAAACUGAACAGAUUAAGCAACUUGUGAAUUUUUAACACUGUACUAAAGUGUUAAUAGAUUUAUACAACAUGUACAUACUUGCAGCUUUAUUCAUUUGGAAUAAAUAUUCCC